AUGAGUGGUUACGAUAGAGCAUUAUCAAUUUUCUCACCUGAUGGCCAUAUUUUCCAAGUAGAGUACGCUCUGGAAGCGGUGAAGAGAGGUACGUGUGCAGUGGGGAUCAAAGGUACGGACUGUGUGGUUGUUGGUUGCGAAAGAAGAUCGACCUUGAAGUUGCAGGAUCCCCGUAUCACACCGUCAAAAAUUUCUAAAAUUGACUCGCACGUCGUGCUAUCAUUCGCUGGUCUCAAUGCCGACAGUCGUAUUCUUAUCGAGAAGGCGCGUGUCGAGGCCCAAUCCCAUAAACUAACUCUGGAAGACCCGGUUUCGGUAGAUUAUUUAACGCGCUAUGUCGCAGGGGUUCAACAAAAAUACACGCAAUCCGGUGGUGUUAGACCAUUUGGUGUAUCGACGCUGAUUGCCGGUUUUGACCCGCGUGAUACACAACCAAAACUUUACCAAACAGAACCUAGUGGUAUCUACUCCGCAUGGAGUGCUCAAGCCAUUGGAAGAAAUAGCAAAACGGUACGCGAGUUUCUGGAAAAGAACUAUGUUAAAGGUCAGCCACCAGCCACAGAACAACUGUGUGUUAAGCUGACCGUGAAGGCGCUUCUGGAGGUGGUUCAAACAGGUGCGAAGAAUAUUGAAAUCACCGUUGUGCGCCCAGAUUCCAAAAUAAUCAGUUUAUCCAGCGAGGACAUCGGCAAAUACGUGGACGAAAUUGAACAAGAGAAACAACAAGAACUGGAGAAGAAAAAGAAGAAGAGGGGUGAGAAUUAA